GGUGACCUCCAGAGGUCCCUUCCCACCCCUGCCACUCUGGGAUUCUGUGAAGUGGCCAGAAAAGAGACACCAAGACAGUUUAAAAAGUGGGGGAAUAGAGGUGGGAGGAGACAGAAGGGAUUGUGCCUUUAGGAGCUGCAAGGAAAGAGGCAGAAACUCGGGGCACAUACAGACCUCGCGAAUACCCGGCGGAAGGCGAUGCUGUCCCACCUUCUCUAAUUAAAUUGCGGGGCUUGGAGCUGCGGAGGCUGGAGCAUCAGUCAGUCCCAAGGGGAUAAUAACGCUGGUUUGUGGAGGCCCGCUCUGUCCUGUGCUAUUAGAAGUGAUGCUCUGCAGACCGAUGCUGACCCAGGAAGACGCUGGAGUGCGAUCGAACCGCAGGAGCGAGCAAUUCCUCUUCUCCACGUCGCUUUUACCACUGGCGUGGGCACGGUGGCUGCAGCGUGACGUCGAGCCUGGCACCUCCGAGCCCUCCUCGUGAAAGAUACAGAGUUGGAAAGACCUGGGAGAAGGAGGGGCUGGGACUUGGUGUUGCCCGUGAGGAUGGAAAAACUAACCCUGAGAGUAUAUCCGAGGAGUUGGACUAGAUGAUCUCCAGAGGUCCCUUUGGAUUCUGGGAUUCUGUGGAUUCGUCAUGAGAAGACAAACCCCUGUGCUUUUAAACAAGGAAUUCUUCCUAGUGCGGAGUCUUGCACCAACAGGAAUCACAACGCUGAAAGGCACGGGCAAAAAUGAUCCUUGGCCUCGUCAUCCUGUGCGUUGGGAUUUACGCCGAAGUGGAGAGACAGAAGCACAAAACCUUGGAAGGGAUCUUCCUGGCUCCGGCCAUCAUCCUCCUCCUGCUGGGCUUCACCAUGUUCGGCGUCUCCUUCGUGGGCAUGGUGGGGUCCCUCAGGGACAACCGGACGCUGCUGAAGACGUUCUUCUGGGUCCUUCUGGUGAUCUUCCUCACGGAGCUGCUGCUGAUAUUCGUCGAAAUCAUCUUUGAAAACAAGAUGAACGCGGUUUUCCACGCCAACAUCCAAGAGGGCAUCAGACACUAUUACGAUGACCUUGACUUCAAGAACAUCUUGGAUUUUGUACAAGAAAAGUUUUCAUGCUGCGGCGGCGAUGAGUACCGAGACUGGGAGGUUAACCAGUACCACUCCUGCAACGGCAGCGGGCCGCUGGCGUGCGGGGUGCCCUACACGUGCUGUAUCAGGAAGGUCCACGGAGAAGUCAUUAACACCCUGUGUGGAUACAGGACGCUCGAUAAAGAGCGCCUGGAGCUGCUCAAUGUCAUCCACGUGCGAGGCUGCAUCCACGCUGUCGGGCUCUGGCUCAAAGACAACUUUGAGGCCACUUUGGGCAUCGUUUGCUCUCUGCUGCUUCCACAGGUGAUCGGCCUCGUGAUGGCUUGGCUGUAUUGGCAAAAGCUCAACGAGAUCUACUCCAAGCUGGACACCGUUGACUUCAGGAUCCUGGAGAUGCGGGAUUUCAGCUUCGGGGCGGUGGAUCUGAGCGGCGCGGGCUGGUGCUGGUGCUUGCCCAGGGAAGGGGGCUACAUUCCCGUCAAUGCUGAGGAAGACGAGGAGGAGGAAGGCGCCAUCUGCCACAGCAAAGUGUGAGAAGGUGGAGGACUGAAAGGCAGCUCUCCAGGGAGGCGGUGGAUGUUGAAUGUGGAAAUAAUGUGAUUUAUCUUCUCAGGUUCAGGAGAUACUUUGGGGGAAACCGUAAAGGAACACUGGAAAGUUAUAAAAUAUGGAACGCGCUCUGCGGGCCCGUGAGCUCACCGGGGCCCUUUUACUGCCUCGGUGUUUUGAAGUGUUUGUACAUCUCCUCGUUAUUUUUUUUUUUUUCAGUUUUUUUUACACAAUAAAUGUGACUUCUGUUGC